GUCGUCAAGCGCAAGGCGAUCGGCGCGAUCGGCAGGGGAAGGACGGUGAAGCAGCUGAUCGAGAAGCGCAGGGGGAGAGUGCAGGCCGAGAAGCACGUGCAGCAGAGGAACGAGAGGGGCGCUGGGAUGAAGUUCAAGCUCGAGACCUUCGCCACGAUCGCCAGCUUCAGCCCGGGCACACGGAUCAAGUACGUGCCCAACCCGAAGACCCCAGGCUCCAAGUCGCACGCGCGCUACCAACGCUAUAUGAAGGCGAAGACCGUGGGCGAGUCGAUGAAGCUGGGAUCGAAGAAGGCGGACUUCUUCUGGGAGCUUGAGAGGGGUUACUACAAGGUCGUGGGGAGUGCCCGCUCGGAGGCGCAGGAGGUGGCGGCCAUCGGCAGGCAGGCUUACGACAAGACCGUGGCAGCGCUUGCUUCCUUUGUGGGGCCCAGGGGGCUCCCCAUGAAGAACUUCGACGACCCGAAGGCGGCGGAGGAGCUCAAGCAGGAGGAGGAGUGGCGCGAAAGGAAGUUGAAGAGGUGCGAGGCGCUCGCGGAGCAGAUGGGCCUGAGGGUCGAGACCACGGAGGAGAUCGAGGCCUUCGGCGAGAGCAGGGAGAUCCGGCUGCAGCGCCGCGUCACCAGCGCCCUGUGCGAGCGGAAGCUCAAGGAGGCCGACCGGGCGGGCAAGAAGAUCACCGACGCGGACCUGUCCGAGGUGCUCCACUGCUGGGGCUUCAACGAGAACUCGAACCGGCUGAACGUUCUGCCGACGGGCCGUAAGUACGUCUACUCCGACACGGUGGGGGCCAUCCGGCGCCGCACGGGCGUGUUCGGCGUGACGCCGAGCACGAGGAAGUACCCAGAGUUCGUGAAGCUGCUGUGCAGGUGGCUGGCUGACAACGUGCCGAGCAAGAAGUACAAGUUCCUGUGCACGGCGAUCAACCUCAACGCCAACUACGCAGGUCGCCGCCACAGGGACGCCAACAACGAGGGGCCUUCUGUCAUCAGGGCAUUUGGCAAGUUCAAGGGCGGAAGGCUGCACUACUGGCCGAAGGACACCGUGAAGCCGAAGCCGCAGGUGGAGACGCUGAGGCGGGAGGACUCCGUCACGUACGACGUCGCGAAGAGCACGCUCGUGUUCGAUGGCAACCGUGCCCACGAGGUGGAGCCCUUCAAGGGUGAACGCUACAGCGUGGUCUUCUUCACUGCGGGAGGCUACCGCAAGUCGACGGCGGCCACCACGAACUUCCUCAAGAAGGUCGGCUUCCCCUGGCCAACGCCCGGGACUCUCGCGGAGCUCAAGCGCGCCGCCACGGGCCAGUGA